UCCUUUUAUCUUUUCAGUGUUACAGCACUCAAAACCCAAAACCCCUCUCUCUCUCUGCUAUACAAUUCCAGAAUCAACUCUCGACGAGAAAAAGAGGGAGAGAGAGAUGUUGACAUAUAUGUUCAGAGCCGCAAUAAGAAAAUCCCAAUCAAGCCUUCAGUGGAAUCCCAAACCCAACUAUCUGAUUCCUUGUUUAUCUUCAUUCAAUCAUAAUCACUUGUACUACUUCUCUUCCAAAACUGCCAAAGCUAAUGUCUCCAAAUUCAAGAAAGGUGACCAAAAAUCCAAAAAGAAAUCUUCCGGUGAAACCGCCGCCGGAUCAACCCCCGCCGACGAUUUUGACGCUGCCCUCUCCGAAGACGGUUCCACGCGCGCCCGACAACUUGCUGAGGAUGAAAAGAACCCUUCUCUCGAUGUGGGCCCUAACGGCCGCCCUCUCUUCACUUCUACUGCCUCACUCUCUCAGCUCAGUCGCAGAGACACCUGCACUUACUUCAAAUUCAGUGAGGCGGGACUGAAUGGGGUCUUACCGGAAGGAUUGCCAAUGGGGAUGGUGAAGGAGUUUGAGGAAUCAAUGAGAAGAGCUUUGCUUGUUCGACAGAGUUUUUUGGAUCUUCGUGACAAUUUUAGACGCAUUGUUGAUCCUCCUUUACGUUCAUCUGAUGGUAAAGGUCCAAAACUGAGAAAGCAAAUUGUAUUGGAUGGUCCUGUUAGCUGUGGGAAGAGUAUUACACUUGCAAUGCUUGUUCAUUGGGCUCGUGAUGAGGGUUGGCUAGUUUUUUAUGUCCCUAAAGGACGGGAAUGGACUCAUGGUGGGUUUUUCUAUAAAAACCCAGAAACUGGUUUUUGGGACACGCCUGCUCAGGCUGCAAAUAUUCUCAAGGAUUUUGUAAAGUACAAUGAAUCCCACUUGAAGCAAUUGCCCUGCCAUAUAUCUGAUCCUGUUCCAUUAGGAGAGGGUGCCGGUGUUGGAUGGAUGAAGGGAGUAGAGUCCAUGCCAGUCCCUGAAGGUUCAACGUUAUAUGACUUGAUUCAGAUUGGAAUCAAGCACACCCAUGCAGCUGUUGGAGUUGUAGUUCGCUUAAGGAAAGAGUUAUCACUUGUGAAAGAUAUCCCUGUCCUCAUUGCAAUUGAUCAAUAUAAUAACUGGUUUACAUUCAGCGAGUAUGAAGAGUCAGUAACUAGUCGUUCUUGUCGACCGAUACAUGCCAGGGAACUUGCAACGGUAAAUGCUUUUAGGUCCAUGACUCAUGAUGACAUGAUGGUGGGUGCUUUUUCUCAUUCAACAGCAGUCGGAAAACUCCGUCAAGACUUGCCUGAUGUUCCCACAGGUGCUCGUGUCAAUUUGCCCCGCUACAGUUUAGAUGAAGCAGCUGCUGUUUCCCAUUACUACCUUAGGCAAAGACUAGUACGACGGGAAGCAUUUUCAGAGGAAAACUGGAAGAAAGUGUUUUACUUGGCCAAUGGAAAUGGUGCAGAAAUGAGGUGGUUAGUUCCUCUUAUGCGGUAACAUAAGAGAUACUACAUUGAGUUAUAUUUAAAGACAUUUUUCAUUCUUAUUGCCACUGUUUCUCAAGCGGUUGGUACUUUCUUCUUUUUUGUUCAAGCCCUGAAGGAGCUAGUGAGGUUAGCAGAUGGAUUUCUGAGAAAUUUUAUUGACUUCUCAAUUUACUUGAACCAGAUUUUAUUUAUAAUCUGAGUAUGUACCCUAUGUAGAUCAGUUAGCAUUUUGUAUUUUGAAUAUAGAAGAUUGAUUCCUUUACUUGUAAUAAUGGUUCUUGGAUUAUAUGCCUAGGUUAUGUAAUGACCUCUCACAAAUGCUACUCUGUAGUUUGUUUUGUGUUUUGUGUUUUAUGAUAUCAACUUUUAAGUUGAUCCGGGCUUUGAAUGCUUUCAGGGUA